AUGGCGAGCACCAGCCCACGACCAACCGCCUCCGACUGCUCGACAUUGGCAUCCUCGUCGCACCACCACGGCGAUGGCGCCGCCGAGCCAGUCGGCGCCCACGAUUCGCCCACGCCCUCACACCAUGGUUCUGGUGACGCGAGGGAGAUGGACGAUGCGUUGGCGGAGAAGCUCAAGGACGAAGAGACUCGACCGCAACCGGAAGCUGAUGUGCAAUCCAUGCCCGUGACAGAUGGUGAUCAAGGUGUCAGUGUGUUGCGGUUCGGUUUACCGGAGCUGGAGGAGGCGACAGGCCGUUUCGACGAGUCCGCCAGGAUCGGCAGUGCCGGCAAUGGUCGCACCGGCGUGUACAGAGGAAGCCUGCGCGGCAUGAGCGUUGCCGUCAGUGUCAUCUCCCCGGAUGCCGCCGUUGGCGAGACACGGUUCGCUCGCGAGGCCGACGCUAUCGGCAAGGUGGGGCUCCCAGGCAUCGUGGCGUUCGUCGGCGCGUGCGCGGAGGCGCGCGCUGUGGUGCACGAGCUCGUGCGGGCGGUAGCCUGGAGGGCCGCCUCACUCAAGAACGCGACGGGACGCCGCCGCUGCCGUGGAGAGCGCGAUGCGCCGUGGCGUACCAGGUAUUGUCUGUUCUGGCAUUCCUUCUUUCACUCGUCAGCGAAGACGGUGACGUCCGCCCGACGAACGUCCUCCUGCUCGACGACGAUGAGGAGGUGCACCGCCCCUCCGGCAGCAAGCUCGCCGGCGUCGGCAUGCGUGGGCUCGUGUCGGAGCAGCAGCAGGCCGGCCGCGAGGCGCUGGCGUACGUGGACCCGCGGUACGUUGCGAUGGGGGAGCCCACCCCGCAGUGGGACGUGCACGGCCUGGGCCUGGUGCUCCUGCGGCUGGUCACGGGCAUGA